UACAGGAAGAGAAACUUGCACAAUGACUGCAUAUGCAAAGAACAAAAUAUUCUACAUUUCAAUCUGGUUUUUGCUCAUUUUAGGUGUUAAAUGUGACUUAGCUCGGUCAAAUCAUAUAUUAUCUAUUAAGAAAGGAGGAUCUGUCACCAUCCCAUGUCUUUAUGACAAGAAAUACACACAGCAGAAAAAAUACUGGUUCGCAGGAAUCGAUUAUUCUAGUAAAUACACAAACACAACAGAAAAUGAUCUGUCAGUAAUUGAUCAUCCUGAUCAGAGUCUCUUUACUGUGACUAUGAGAAGACUGCAGAACAAACACACUGGACCUUAUUAUUGUGUUGUGGACAAUCAAGGACAACCUACUGUCACAUAUGAGCUUUAUAUCAAAGUUCAAUCUGCUCCUGGUGUGUCUGUGGUGAACAGCAGUGUAUCUGGACAUGAAGGUGGGAAUAUCAGUGUUCAGUGCCUCUACAGUUCUGGAUAUAAGAAUGAAACCAAACAGUGGUGCAAAUAUACAGAUCAGAGCUGUUACACAAUGGGGAAGACUGACACAUCCCAGAAUUCAUCAGUCCAGAUCAGUGAUGACGAUGAAAAAAGAUCCUUUACUGUGCUGAUAACUGGACUGAGACUUACUGAUUUUGGCUGGUACUGGUGUUCUGUAGGAAAUCUGCAGGUUUCUGUUCAACUCACUGUAACAAAACAAGUAAGUGUGACAACAGACACUGGCGCUGAGAAGUACAAAUGGAACAUGGACAGUUUCUGUCUUUAACAAACUGGAGUUUUUGCCAAAUCGACCUGAAAGAACAGAUUGGAAAACUUAAUAAAAAGCUUAUAUUCUUCUUUUCAGUCAGUCAACAGAAUGCCUGGGAAACCACUAUAUUUCUGACUUGCUGCCGCCACGUCUGCAAAGUGCAUUUGCAGUUUUAACUGCAGUUAAAAUAUUUACAAAAUUUAGUAGCCUCCUUAUGUUAUGUUAAUUUCUUAGAACGGAUAAAACAGAUAACGCACAUACUUUAUUCGUUACCUGUCCUUUAUUUUGGACAUCUAAUGGAUUAGACUGUGUUAAUUUAAUAUAAACAUGCAAUUAGUUGAAUAAUGACAAAUUAACGACUACUAGUAACUAGAAAAUCUUGCAUGGAUGGCAGACGUAUUAAAUACCAUCUAGACAUCUCUGUUAAAGUUUUUGUUUCACUUUAUUUGGAUAGUCCACUUUAGACAUUACACUAUCUAUAAGUAACUUUGUAACUUGUCAACUACAUAUCAAAUAAAUCGUAUUAUUUGCAACUAAUUCUCAGAGUACACUGUAGGGUAGGAUUUGGAUUAGUUGAAUAAGUUGACAAAGAAAGUGUUGAAGAUAUUAAGCAGACCGUCUACUAAUAUAACUGCUAGUUGAUAUAUAGUUGCAAAGUUACUUAUUGUUAGUAGAAUGUCUAAAGGGAACUAUCAAAAUAAAGUGUUACCAAGUUUUUAAAGCAUUUUAUAUGACUUUGCUUAAAUUCUGAUAUCAGGACGGUCCAUAAUGGAGAGAUGCCUUAACAUAAAUUUUUUCCUCUGAAACAAUAAAUGAAAACUGAAAUAACAUUCAUAUUUUCUGUUUUGAGAAUGGUUUGUGCAUUGUAAAUCACAGUAAGUCUACAAAAUAUCUUGUCUCCCAAAAAGGUCUUUUUUUGCCACAUCUGUAAUGCAUGUGAAUUUCCCAAAUC